CAACCCAUGUUUGUCCUCUUUUCAUUGUCUGGUUCUACACCAAUCGGUCACACUCACACAUACUUACAAUCAAACAAACCCAAACAUCCCAAUAAAAAAACCAUCGUUAGUAUCGUUUCUUGAAUUACCCAAAAGAAUUAUCCUGUUCUUGUUGUCCAACAAAUCAUAAUCAAAACGUUAUCAUCAGUUAGCUGCGUAAGCUGCGUCACCCGAUUGUUUUCAACACUUACGUUAUAGUUGUUUUCAUCAAAUCGCUUCUGCAUGUUCUCAGAUUAAUCGACAUCGAGGAUCCACAAUGUUUGUGUUCUUUUUAGCUAUCGCAUUAUUGGCAACAUGUGUUCAAAAUUCGGAAGCUCGUGUAACAUUUGAAAAUGGUUUAAAAACCAUGGUGUAUCUAUCACCUAAAAUAACCCAACAUCAGGGUUCAGUUUCAAACAAAUACUAUUAUGACAUCGAGUUCCCGAAAGGUCAUAUUGCUAUCAAAAGCUUCAAUGCUGAAGUUGUUGAUGAAGCAGGCAACCCUGUUUCUCUUCAAGAAACUUAUCUUCAUCACUGGGUUGCAGUAAGAUACUAUCAACGAACAGGUAUUAAAGAGAAUAUAUAUAAUGGUAAUCUGGGUUUCCACCGAUCAGAUGUCAUUAUUGCGGGGAAUGCUGGAAUAUGCAGUCAUGGUCUUACCCAGUUUUUUGGAUUGGGAUCUGAAACACGAAAAACUUCCACACGUGUUCCUGAUCCUUAUGGAAUUGAAGUGGGUAAUCCACUUGAAGUUCCUUUUGGAUAUGAAGAGAAAUGGAUGUUGAACAUCCAUGCAAUCGACACUCGGGGUGCAGUAGAUCCAAUGGGUUGUACUGAAUGCAGAUGCAACUUAUAUAAUGUGACAAUUGAUGAAUACGAUCGACCUUUGGAUCCAAAUUAUGUUGGGGGGUUGUAUUGUUGCUAUGAUGAAACACAGUGCAAAGUGAAAGACGGGCUUGAAAGUGUCAAAAGAAACCUUUACUUGAAGUACACCGUUAAGUGGGUUGAUUGGAGCGACUCCAUUGUACCCGUUAAAAUCUUCAUAUUUGAUGUGACUGAUACUUGGCAGAACACAGGAAUCCAUGAUUGUCUUAUCGAGUAUGAUGUUGAACAAUCUACCACUGGAAUUGCUACUAAUGACUCCACCAGUAGCAGAAGGACAAGUGUGAGGUUCCCAAUUUCUGGUGAUGUUGUUUAUGGUGUUGCACACCAGCACAGUGGCGGCAUAGGUUCUGCUCUAUAUAGAGAGGAUGGAGGGGUAAUUUGCUCGUCAAAACCGAUAUAUGGAAAAGGAAAUGAUGUAGGGGACGAAGCUGGUUACAUUGUAGGAAUGUCCACUUGUUAUCCUAAACCAGGUUCAGUGAAGAUUGCCCAAGGCGAAACUCUAACUUUGGAGUCUAACUACAGCAGUGAAAAGAGCCACACAGGAGUUAUGGGGCUCUUCUAUAUUCUUGUUGUUGAGUCUUCUUCAGAAUCGAAUUAUCCGGUUCAAGUGUAUGAAGAACUAAAAGUACCAAUCUUCUCUUGGGGUUUAGCUGUAUUUGGAUUGGCAAUUUGUGCUGCUGUUUUAGUUGCUUAUCAUAGGAGAAAGCGAAGUGAAGAUGGUUACCUAUCUAUUGCAGCUUGAGUUGCUUCUUCCUGAUAUGUGAUGAUAGGGUGAUAUGCGUCACGAACCUUGUUGGUUGAUAAAACUAGAAGUUUUAUGAUCAUGAAUAAUGUGAAAAAUAUACGGAUAUAUUACUACAAAAUAAUGUCACAGCCGAGUUUCACUUGGUUGAUUGAGUAACAAUAAUGAAGUGAUCAUCUAUGGUCUUGUGAGACAAACAAGAAGCCAUUAUUAGUAUCGUGAACCAUGUAACGUUUCAA